AUGAAGACACUGCUACAUUGCCGACUUGUUUCGUUGCAAAAGAGUUCCCAGCCACGUCAACUUCAUCCGUGGCAGUAAAGUUAAAGCAGUCAUCGGAUACAGAAUUUAACAGGGUGAGCGUCUGGAUCAUGUCAGUUACGGUGGUAAUGCCAAUAUCGCCCUAAAUGUCUGUAACUUGUUCGCAAACCAGCAGGAAGAUUAGUGAAGUUUAUAUUGGCUGUAAAUUAGCUGAAAAUUAGCUGAGUAGCUAGCCAUACCUGCUAACGCGUUAGCUAAGCGAAGCGAAACGAAGCUAGCUAGCUAGCAAAUUAGCUCUGGUGAUCCGGCCAGGCUACAACAAGGAGCUAUUGUAAUUUCUCUAGCUAGCAGCACUGCAGCAUAAUGAGAUGUUUUCAGUGUCAUUAUUCAGAACACUGGUGUCUUGUAUUUGUAUGUGUUGAGUAGCUCACCAUCAUAAUUACUUAUAUGAUAAUUGUUUUAUAUUGGUUACAGCUCUAUUUUGUUACAUAUGGAGAACAUUUUACAAUGAUAGUAGCUUAAUACGAAUACAAACAUACCAUAUUGUCAGGCUAAUUACACAAAGGGGACUUAGUGACACAUGACAAUAACAUGUACUUUGAGCCUGAGGCAAUAGUAGCACUGCUAUCUUGGACAUAGGCCAAUGAAGAGACAGAAAAAGAGGGUGCUUUCAUUAUCCCCUGCACCAAAAAAUGGGGGAUGUGAAAAGCAUUUGUACUUUUGGUUAAUGUAGGAUAGUGUUAGACGAUAAACAAUUUGAUGGUGUAAAUAUAAACGAUUAUACAUUAAGUAAUCUAUUUUAAUGUAUAUGUUUUAAAAUUGUCUACUUUCACAGUGAAACAGUAUAUUAACCCCUGUAAAUGGCUCAACCUUUGCCGAAACACCCCACAAGGCAUUGAAAGGGGCUUGUAUGUGGAGUCUCUAUCAUUUCAACCUGUUGAUGUGCUGCCUAUGACCCAUGCUGCUAUCCACAAAAUGGAGGCCGAUAAUUGCCCUGCUGGAAACGAGGUGGAACAAACAGUUUCCUCACCUCAACAGGAGAACACUGCUGUAGGUGAUCCAGACAGUCAAAGCCAGACCUCUAAAGCUGCCUCCAAAGCUUCCCACCCUGAAUCAGAGGACCUGGACUCCUUUAACCUGAUAGAGCCCCCUCCUCUGGACUGGAGGUCGGAUGACUCUAGUGAAGCAGGGUCAGUGGAAGAGAUGGACGACCCCAGCUUUCCUCCCUCCUCGGUCCCUGUGGACAGUCCAGAGGAUGUACGAGGUGAGUCCCUGCCUCCAGAGGACACCAGUGACACUGUAGCUUCUCCUGUGGUAGUCAGCCAGGAGGAGCUAAUCUACUUUGCUCCUGAGGAUAGAACCCCAACCGAACAGGUCCUGGAUCCUUGUGAAAAGGAAAGAGUGGUGGAGGAAGAGAAGAAGGUUGAGGUCCGGAGACCAGGUGACGAAGAGCACACUCGGAUCCAUCACCUGUUGAACCGACUCCAGGUCAUCAGAGAAAGCCCUCUCCCCAGGGACUCAACCUCUGACCCUACACCAUCAGCAUUCUCUGAGCCCUCUGACUUUGACCCUCCAGGCCCAUCUCUGUUGACUGACGUCAGCCCGUUGCUACCAGAGCAGAACCUGAACCAGGCCACGGGGCUGCUGUUCUCUGAGAGUCACCAGAGAGACCUAUUAGGGCUGCUGGAGUGUACAGAGAUGAAGGUUCCCCAGCCCAGUCCCUCUGACACCCAGGUUCCUCCUUACAUGGCCCGGAGAGAGGAGAUGGACGCGGUGGUGUCUGUCUCCUACAACCAGGAGGACGGCGAGAGGUUCUGGGACCACUUUGGGAACGGCGGGCGGUUGCGCCACAGGGAUGACUCCAUGGACUCUUUCCCUGAGGAUGAGGUCCCUGAGCCUGUGUGGAUGAAGUUAGGGGAGGAGGCUCCAGAAGAGGUCAACGCUGCAGAGAACAGUGAGCGGGUAGGUUUGACAUGCUGAAAGAUUGUUAUUAAUGAUUAAUGGUGGUGUUAUUAUACUGAACAAAAAUAUAAACGCAACAUGCAACAAUUUUCAAAUUCAUUAGGCCCAUAUCUAUGGUUUUCACAUGACUGGGCAGGGGCGCAGCCAUGGGUGGGCCUGGGACGGCAUAGGCCCACCCACUUGGGAGCCAGGCCCAGCCAGUCGGAAUGAGGUUUUUCCCCACAAAAGGGCUUUAUUACAGACAGAAAUCCUCCUCAGUUUCAUUAGCUGUCCGGGUGGCUGGUCUCAGAUGAUCCCGCAGGUGAAGAAGCCAGAUGUGGAGGUCCUGAGCUGGCGUGGUUACACUUGGUCUGCAGUUGUGAGGCCGGUUGGACGUACUGCCAAAUUCUCUAAAACGACGUUGGUAGAGAAAUUAACAUUACAUUCUCUGGCAACAGCUCUGGUGGACAUUCCUGCAGUCAGCAUGCCAAUUGCACAUUUUAGUGGCCUUUUAUUGUCCCCAGCACAAGGUGCACCUGUGUAAUGAUCAUACUUUUUAAUCAGCUUCUUAAUAUCCCACACCUGUCAGGUGGAUGGAUUAUCUUGGCAAAGAAGAAAUGCUCACAAACAGGGAUGUAAACAAAUUUGUGCACAUCAUUUCAGAAAUACGAAUUUUGUGCGUAUGGAACAUUUCUGUGAUCUUUUCUUUCAGCUCAUGAAACAUGGGACCAACACUUUACAUGUUGCGUUUUAUAUUUUUGUUCAGUAUAGUACCAAUUAUUUUGCUGAUGAUUGGUUUAAAUGAGCUGUGUCUUUUACUUUGUUCAAUAAUCAUUGACCUCUUCACUUACAGGGCACAGAGGACCACCCAGCCUAUAAAGAUGGUAAGCGUAACUUAGGCUAUGUAAUACUUCUGUGCUUCUUUUAUUGGGGUCUCAAUAAUAAUAAUAAUAAUAAUAAUAAUAAUGCGUUUCUGAUAAGUCACUUUGUUUUUCUGUUAGUGCCUGGCCCCUGUGACCCAGAUGACCUCCUGGAUGGGGUCAUAUUUGGGGCCAAGUACCUGGGCUCCACCCAGCUCAAGUCUGACAAGAACCCCUCCACCAACGCCCGAAUGAAACAGGCCCAAGAGGCUGUGGACAGGAUCAAAGUGUGUUUACUUUUGGCAUUUUAGUCGUUUAGCAGACGCUCUUAUCCCGAGCGACUUACAGUUAGUGCAUUCAUCUUAAGUUAGCUAGGUAAGACAACCACAUUUCUCAGUCGAUUGGGACCGCUGGGGUUAGAAUGUGCUGUGGCAGAACCUUUCGCAUGUUUUUUCCCCACUGUGGGGUGGUGCUACAGUCACAGUCAUAGUAAGUAACUUUUCCUCAAUAAAACAGCUAACAGCAAAGUCAGUGCUAGUAAGAAAAGACAAGUACAAUGGUAGGGUGUUUUUUUUUUAGAUGUUGUCGGAGGAUUGGCAGGGACUCGGCUGUCCUGACGUUAGGGGGAAGCUUGUUCCAGCAUUGGGGUGCCAGGACAGAGUACAGCUUUGACUGGGAUAAGCGGGAACUGGGAGGUCCAAGAGGCCAAAGGUGCCAGAAUGGCUCAGACCGUUCUACUAAAAAGGUGUGAUCUGCUUUAGAUUGUGUCAUCAAAACAUCUGCUCUUGUCUUUCUCCAGGCCCCAGAGGGAGAGUCUCAGCCUAUGACUGAGGUGGAUCUCUUCAUCUCCACUCAGCGCAUCAAAGUCCUCAGCGCAGACACACAGGUAUGACAUGGUUUGAAUGGAUGUCAAAGUAGUUAAGGUCAUUCCUUGAAUAGCAGUGUCUCUAAUUUGAGUCGUACUCGACUUGUACAGUUGAAUAGUCAAGAGAAUUCUGUAACACAGUUUUUCAGCUUUCUCCCUUCUGAAUGGCUGACUGCUCCUAGAUAUAUAGCGGUUGCUGUUAGACUAACCUGGCCGUCUUCGUUGUUAGACCCAGUGGGAAUGGAUCUAUCAUGGAUAUUUUUCAUGAAAGUGUUAGUAAACUUACACCUAAAGUGUUAGUAAACAGUAAAUGUUUCCAUACAUUCAUCCCUCCUGUUUCUCCUAUAGGAGGCCAUGAUGGACCACCCUCUCCAGAUGAUCUCCUACAUCGCAGACAUCGGCAGCAUUGUGGUCCUGAUGGCUCGCAGGAAGUCGGCCGGGGGCCGUAAAGGCCAGGAGGGGAACCCCGCUGGGGCCAACUCCCCCGGGCCACAGAAAAAGUGCUGUAUGAUCUGCCAUGUGUUCAACUCCGAUGAUGUGAGUCAGCCAAGCGGAAACCAUACAACAUUAUGUCCAAUAGGUUUUCUGUGGGUUUAUUUGGUUGAAAAUAAUUAGAUUGGGUUGAACUGGUUUUUUAAAUUUGUAUAUCCGGUGCCAGUCUUUUUCUGCAGUACUUGAGCCAACUUGUUGUUGUCUUGUCUAAGCAACUAGGUAAACCAGCUUUGUUGAAUACAGAAACAAACAGCCUGGCACUCAGGUUAGUUUUCAUGCUAGGAGUCGCUAAACAGGAGGAAACACUAAUUACCAGUUCAUUACUGUUAGGGUUAGGUUGAGGUUUGGGAUAGGUUAUGGUUAGGUUUAAUAAUACGUUAGCCACAGCCUAUUUUGGCUUCAUGAAAUACUCUGUGAGAAGGAACAGGUAUGUAAAGGAUUACCAAACUGUUGGCUGAUGUCUGAACACGCCCACUGUCUCUCUCCUGCAUGUAGGCCCAGGUGAUCGCUCAGGCGAUUGGCCAAGCCUUCGGUGUGGCCUACCAGCAGUUCCUCCAUGCCAACGGCAUCAAGGCCAGCGAGCUAAGGCCCAGCGAGUACAGUGACUACCUGGGCACACAGGAGCUCUACAACGGAGACCUGGUGCACUUCUCUGAUUCAGAUAACAUCAGAGAGGUACAGUAACACCCAGCAUUUCAGCACCUUGUUGUUAGUACCAGCCGGGGUGUCCUUUUGAGUGUAGGUCUAAAAACACAGUAUUCCUCCUACCCCUCAGGGUUUCCCAACCCUCUCCUCGGGGACCACCAGAUGUUUCACAUAUUGGUUGUAGCCCUAAACUGGCACUCCUGAGUCAAUUAGUCAACUAUCACCAUGCCCUUAACUAAUUGAAUCAGGUUUGCCAGUUCAGGGCGACAAAAACGAUGUGAAAUGUCUGGGGGUCCCCGAGGAGAGGGUUGGGAAGUACUUGCCUAGAUAAGAAUCUGUUUUAACAUUGUUCAUGGAGAUAAUGUUGUCCUUCAUAAACCAAAGAGAUAUUUGCUUGUUGUACAGUAUGCAACAACCACUUACUCUAUUGCUCAAGACACUACUGAAACAGAUCCAUACAUUUCAUGAUUUAAGUGAAAUGUACAUCAAGGUUGUUUUCAGUUAAGAUUUUAAAAAAAAUUGAAACUGGGUGAGGUACUCCCUGAACUUGUCCACUAAGAACAUAGAUUUUUGUUUUCCAUUGCAAAAGGUAUUGCUACGGUGUUUACCUACUGAACAUCACCCAGAUGAAAUUCCAUCUUUCUCUUAAACCACCUUCCCGCUGUCUGUGUCCAGGUGUCUAUCUCCAAGGCUCCUGGAGAGAUAGUGGGGGUGGCGGUGGUGGAGUCGGGCUGGGGGUCCAUCCUGCCCACGGUGGUGGUGGCCAACCUGCUCCAUGGUGGCCCUGCAGAGCGCUGCGGGGCCCUCAGCAUUGGAGACCGCAUCAUGUCCGUCAAUAGCACCAGCCUAGUGGGCCUCCCCAUAACUACCUGCCAGAGUAUCAUACGGGUAAGAGGGGGUUGUGUUGUGCCUCUGUGUUUCAUUAGUUCCUGUGACUGUUGGCUGUGUCUAUCGUGUAGUUCGUAGAAUGCACACUAGAUGGUGCUGUAUUGAUGAAGUUGAAGUCAUAGAGCAGUGUUCCCCAACUGCGGCCCGCAGGUGAUUUUAUUUGCCCCCCCAUGUUUACUGAGCAAAAAUACGUUUGUUUAGAUGUUUUAAUGUUGGACAUAAUAGACUGUAAAGACACCAGCAAAUCAGCUCCAAGUGAUACACAUUUUGAAAAUCUGUUCCAAAGUAUUCCCAUGCAUAAUAGAGAAAUAUACACUGAGUAUACCAAACAUUAGGAACCCCUUCCUAAUAUUAACCGAUGCGCCUGGCACCUACUACCAUACCCCGUUCAAAGGCACUUAAAUAUUUGGUCUUGGCCAUUCACCCUCUGAAUGGCACACAUACACAAUCCAUGUCUCAAUUGUCUCGAGUCUUAAAAAUCCUUCUUUAACCUGUCUCCUCUCCUUCAUCUACACUGAUUUGAAGUGGAUUUAACAAGUGACAUCAAUAAGGCAUCAUGGCUUUCAUCUGGAUUCACUUGUUCAGUCUGUCAUGGAAAGAGCAGGUGUUCCUAAUGUUUUGUAUUCUCAGUGUACGAUUGUAUACAAAUGUAAGCAAGGUUUGAAAUGAUUGUUUUAGUCAAGUAUUAUAUCUGUUUGGGCUUCUUGCGGUCAAUUUGCAGUCUACAAGUUAUUUGUAAUUAUGUUCCGGCCCCCUGACCAUCCACUGUAGAAAAAAAAUCUGCCCGCGGCUGAAUCUAGUUGAUGAUCCCUGUCAUUGAGACUGAUGCGGGUGAUGUGUAGAGGGGGAGAAGAAUUGGUGGAAAUGUUUGCUUUCUAAAAUAUUAUUUUGGCAUGAGGUUGGACUUGAUGGUAGGAUGUUUGAUUUGUUCACCUAAUAGUGUUUUGUUAAAUGUAUUCUACGCACAUGCACGGAUGCACACACACACAAUACCCAUUCUGUGAAUGCCUUUCAUCAUGUAAGAAGCAUAGAAUGCAGUUAGAUAGUGAACGGAUACUUUAAGGUGACAUAGAAAUUUAUGUUUGCAGACAUCUCUCCAGUAUUUGUAUGAUGUAUUUACCCCUUUUUGUAUUUAUAAAAGGAUUUGAAAAACCAAGCCGAGGUGAAGCUCAGUAUCGUCCACUGCCCUCCCGUCACCAUGGCAAUAAUCAAGCGACCGGACCCCAAAUUUCAGUUGGGCUUCAGUGUGGAGGACGGCAUUGUAAGUGACAGUUAGUUUGUAUAUCAUUUUACUAUACAUUUUUAUUAAACAACUGCCAGACAGAAUCCCCAAACAGGAUCUAACAUUCAGGUUAUUAAUGUUUUAUUUAUGUCAAUAUUUAUUUGGCUCAGGCCCUGUCCAGUCAGUAGUGAGUAGUAUGCAUUUGAGGUUAUUUUUGUUUCUCACCUCGAACAUGGUCUUGAUUAAAGUUAAUCUGAAAUCAAUGUGGUCUGAAACAGAAUUUUUGAUUGAAUAGUACCUGUACGGCAUCCAUUUUAGGAACUCCAUAGUAGUAAAGCUAAAAUGGUCAAUUGCCCACUUUCAUAGCCUUACUUCACAGCCUUCAAUCACCUCAACUCUCUCACAUAUCUUUUCAAUCUGUAUUUUUCUAUCUUUCUCAUACCCUUGUUGCCUUGAGCAGAUCUGCAGUCUGAUGCGUGGAGGGAUCGCGGAGAGAGGUGGCAUCCGGGUCGGACACCGCAUCAUUGAAAUCAACGGGCAGAGUGUGGUAGCCACUCCUCACGAAAAGAUCAUCCACAUUUUGACUAACGCAGUCGGGGAGGUGAGAGGAAUUCAACCCUAACUCAGAAGCAAUAGAUUUAACAGACUUUCAUUUCAAGAAGCCUACUUUCUCUUUGCUGACAGAGCAUUACUCAGUUAGUCAAUUAAUUGGUCAAAGAAAUAUUAGCAUUGUCAUUCAUAAGUGUUCAUCUUUCUGAACAGAUUCACUUGAAGACCAUGCCAGCCUCUACAUAUCGCCUUCUAACGGGACAAGAUACGCCAGUAUUUCUCUGAGAGAACGGAGGAGAGAAUGCUGCUGCGCUCACAAGCAAACGAGCUAUACACAUGCCAUUUUGAAACUAAACACAUGCCAUUUUGAAACUAAACACAUGCCAUUUUGAAACUAUACACAUGCCAUUUUGAAACUAUACACAUGCCAUUUUGAAACUAUACACAUGCUCACUCACAGCCUCAUUGGACUUUUUUUAAUAUGCAAUUGUACUGCAUCAGCUGGCUAUUGAUACACCACUGAACAUAAAGGGGUGUCCACCUGUACAGAAUAUUUGAUGUAUGUAUGUUGGAAUUACAUGAUGCAGCACUUUUUGUUUUUUAAGUAUAAAACUGAGUUUAUAUUUAUGGGAUGUUUUAAAGCAAAUGAUAACUAAGAUUGGCAAUAGGAAAAGUGAGGUUAUUUUUCGACUAUACUAAUUAUCUUUCUCAACAGGAACAGCAGUACGUGCAAUUCAUGUCUUCCACCACCGCUCUUUAGUUGCAGAUGUGCCUCCGUUGAACUUGAGUUAAUGGAGAGAAGCCUUAUUUAAGGAAGAUGUCUCUCGUCAUUUCGUGCUUCCUGCCUCAUUCUAGACAAUGUCAUUGUGUAACAUGCACGUCAACAGGCGACUACAUCAGUGUUGCAUUAUUACGCUAUCUUCGAACGGUGUACUAUUAAUAUGCUGAAAGAUUUUGUAUUUUGCAUGCUAUUCCCAUUUCAGUGCCUAGAAGAAUGCAUAAUGUUGAGUUCUGUAUUUGCAGAAUCAAAGGUAACUUUUAGCGUAAGAGAGAUAUAUUUUUAAUGAAUGCAGUUUUGGAUGUUUAUUACAAUUGAUCUAUCCCAAGCAAUUGUUUUUGAUUGAUUAUGGACUGGGGAUAUGUGUGACUAAACCCUGUAUUGUAGGCUGUUUCUCUAAUGGUAUUGUGUGAUAUGUUUUGUCGUUCUACCUCCACAGUUUUAUAUUUAAUGCAAAAAUUGAAGAAAUCGACUCAAAAAAAGGUACAUACUAACCCCGUGACAUAUCGACAUCUUAGAAUACUCAUCAUAUGUGGGAGUAUCAGUAUGGGUGUGCAUUCUCUGCAAUGUAGGGAUCUUAUUUUGUAUAAGUUUCAGGCCUGACCCCACAGUGACAGAGCCGGACUGGAGAGUGAUGAGAGGCUCUCAAUGCCGUCUAGCACCCAGCAACAUUCCUAUGAUAGGAAUAUGGCCUGGCCACGUUGGUCACCACAGGUCAAUACCUGUUUCAUAUAAGGGCACACAAUAGCAAAACGUUUCGAAAAGUUGUCGAAUGGUGAACUAAAUAUGGAUAUUGAAUCCACUUUUGAAAUCAGUUACUGCAGUGCCAACUAUUUUUAGCAUACACAAUUCCUGUUGAAGAAUGAUGUGUGCUUGCAAUAUGUCAUGCAUAAUUGUUUAUUUUUAAUAGGAAGGUGUCUACAAAAAACAAAUGUUGGGCUAUUUAUUAUAUUGCCUUAUUGUACAUCUAAGAAUAUAACCUCUUACUUUUUUCUGUUAAGUAGUAGUAGUCGAUCUUGUGUAACACUAUCUGUCAUACUCCUGGCCAAUCGGCUUAAUUUGUGUGCCAAAAUAGAGGUAGAAUUGGCUAUGUCAUUAACCCUCAAAGUUCCAGAAUCGGGAGAAAAUGGCAGCCAUAUUGGUCA